AUGUUGUCGUUCUGGCAAUUUGAAGAGAGCGACUUCACUGGCGCUGGAAGCAACGUGGACGCCACAAUACAAGCGAUCUCCAGUGAUGACCACCUAGCCGCUGCCAUUGUUCUUGCUAAUCUGGUGGCUGAACGCAUGAGAGAGCCAGGAACCACCUAUGGCAUUGAGAGAGGACGUGAACCUCCUGAUCUGGGAUCGUUGAGGGGGUUUGAUAAUCCAACUAUGGAUUCUCUGCGCAAAACAGCAUGGUCCUUGGACCUCACCCAAAUGCCCGAGGAGCUACUGCUGCUAGUUCUUCCUCUGCUUCUUCACGUUGAUACAAAAAGCCCGACUCCAGAAGAUAUUCAUUCUCUCCAUGUGUUUGUAUCUGCUUCCACAACGCAAAAAUCUAUCGUUGAGAAGUGGUUGCAAGAAGAACCGGCUAAAAGUACACUCGAGCGGGCUUUCAAGUCGAAAACUUAUUCCGACUUCAAAGAAGCAUACCAGUCAAAAGCUGCGAUCGCAAGAUACAAUGCCAGUCGAACUGGUUUGCAGUACAAGCCCCCUGAGACCUACGCCUAUCAGUUCGUUGAAGCAUGCAACUGCACAGGCUGCCUCCAAUUAGUCGUGAAGCUUGGUUUGAUUGACUUCCGUCACUACGGACAGAACGGGAAAAACAUGCUUCAUGCUGCCAUUGAGAGCGGACACAAUGAGAGCAUUUUGUUCGUUCUCGAUGCUUUGCUGGAUUUCAAAUUUGAUCCUAGACACUUGCCAACAUCUAUCAAUGGGCUGUCGAUUCCUCACCAUGUAGCCCUACUUCACGACGAUUUUCUGUUUGCAGAGGUGGCAGCGAGGCUUUACACAGCUGGCUAUCCUUUGUCGGUGUGGAACGACGAUGGGCUCAAGCUCGAAUCGUGCAGCUUUGUCACAGCUGAUACUGCCGAGUGGCUCUUGUCAAUCGGCUUCAACAUUACCAAGUUGCCCAGAAAUACACUUCCGCCAUAUCUCCCUUCUUCAGAGCAAUCAGACGAAGGCAUAUCAAACGCCAAUGAUUGGGAUUCCCCUUUUGGAAACGACUGGAAUCAAGAUGCGGAAUAUGGGGAUCCGAUUAUCCGUGAGGAACCAUUCGAAUACGAUGAGUUCGAUCGCAGCACGCUUCAACUUGACGGCGUCGGCGUCACUCCCCUUGAACUCCGUCCCACUUCCCGAACAAUCUGGCACCGAGCAAUCGAGAACCCCCAAGGCCCUGCAUUAAUGGACUGGCUACUAGAUCACUCCUUCAUCCAACCAGGAUCUAAAUCCGAUUUCGAUCGCGACACAGGCGAAACUGCCCUGGUUCUCGCAGCGAAAGGCAACGAACCCGCAAGCAUCGACUGGUUGUGCCAGAACUGCGACCCGAUAGCCCCCAUGUCUGAAGGCCCCGUGGACAAGGAUCACAAUACCCUCGCAUACGCAAUGAAAACAGCAGCACACAGUGUGCAACCAAGCUGUGCAGCAAUUCUGUAUGCGAUAUCAAGCUAUGCGCCCCGGGAACUGUACAGCGAUCUCCUGCUCGUGAAGCAUUUCUAUUGGUUGGUCAUCAAGGCAUACAAGGAUACACAUCUCAAAUUGGAGGCAACUAUGAAUGCUGGCUCUAGUAGGAUGAAACAUUUGCAUCUUUUGAGGAACAUCACUCGGAGUAAGAUCAAAGUCUUGAACACGAGGCUUCAGGUCAAUUGGAGGAGAUGGGGGAAGUCUGAGCACUUCGAAUGGCUGCUUCAAUACUGUACGCUACAUAGGUUUAACUUCAUUAUCAGUGAUAUGAAGUCGGGGGUCUCUUUUGACUUGAAGGCUUGGCAUAUGGAUAACAUAGAGUAUGUUGAGGAGGGUGGGAGAGGGGAUUAUAACAUACCCGGGUAUGAUGUCUAUGGCCACAGAAUUAUGUGA